AUGCGUCCCUCCUUAGCUCUGCUUUCCCUCGCUCCUGUAGCCCUUGCGGCUCGUCCGUUUCUCAAUGAGGCUGACACGGGAAUCGACGCCGUCCUCAGCGACACCCCCGAAGGCACCCUCCCAGACCUCGACGACAUGCUCGGCCUCCCGGACUUCGAAUGGGCCGCGCGCCACUACCUCAACGACUCCUCCUACACGUACUACCGCAACGGCGCCGCGGGCGAAUGGUCCUACCGCAACAACCUCGAGGUCUUCGGCCGCUACCGUCUGCGCCCGCGCGUGAUGCGCGACAUCACAAACGUCGAGUCGACCCUCCCCACCUCCAUCCUCGGCUACAACUUCUCGGCACCAUUCUACAUCAGCCCCUGCGCGCGCGCCGCGCUCGGACACCCCGAUGCCGAGGUGAACUUCAUCAAGGCGGCGUAUGAGGAGGAUAUCCUGUAUAUCCCCUCGCUGUACGCGAGCCUGUCCAUGGACGAGAUUGCCGCUGCGAAGCCCGCGAAUGGGUCGCAGGUCAUCUUCCAGCAGGUGUACCUAACCAGCAACGACACCGCGACGCAGGCGAUCCUCGACCAGGCCGAGGCGCUGGGCUCCAAGGCCAUCGUAUUCACGAUCGACGGGCCCGCCGGCGGAAACAGGCACCGCGCGAACAGAUACGGCGUUGGCUCCGCAAACACCGAUUACUCCCUGUGGACCUGGGCGUACUACAACAAGCUGCGCAAUAUGACUUCCCUGCCCAUUAUCAUCAAGGGCAUCCAGACCGUCGAAGACGUCAAAAUCGCGAUCGAGGAAAAGGUCCCCGCAAUCAUCCUCUCGAACCAUGGCGGCCGCCAGCUCGACUCGUCGCCUUCGUCGCUGGAGACGGCGCUCGAGGUCUAUGAGGAGGAUCCGGAUCUGUUUAACCAGAUUGAGAUCUGGGCUGAUGGUGGGGUGCGGUAUGGGGUUGAUGCGCUGAAGUUGCUUGCGCUUGGCGUCAAGGCCGUUGGGUUGGGGAGGCCGUUUAUGUACGCGAAUUCGUUUGGGGUUGAGGGGGUCAAGAAGGCGAUUCAGCUGCUCAAGCAUGAGAUUGCCAUUGAUGCGGGGAACUUGGGUGUGGCUGAUUUGAAAAAGAUUGAUGCUUCCUAUGUGAAAUGGACCAACAAUGGGUGGUUCAGCUAG